AUGUACGGCUGUGUUUACCUCCGGAGCUCAAAUAUAAAUACACCUCCUACACACCUCCCUCUCCUUGUUACCCUCUCUCACCUGCACGCCUCCCUCUCCUUGUUACCCUCUCUCACCUGCACGCCUCCCUCUCCUUGUUACCCUCUCUCACCUGCACACCUCCCUCUCCUUGUUACCCUCUCUCACCUGCACACCUCCCUCUCCUUGUUACCCUCUCUCACCUGCACACCUCCCUCUCCUUGUUACCCUCUCUCACCUGCACACCUCCCUCUCCUUGUUACCCUCUCUCACCUGCACACCUCCCUCUCCUUGUUACCCUCUCUCACCUGCACGCCUCCCUCUCCUUGCUUGUUACCCUCUCUCACCUGCACACCUUCCUCUCCUUGUUACCCUCUCUCACCUGCACACCUCCCUCUCCUUGUUACCCUCUCUCACCUGCACGCCUCCCUCUCCUUGUUACCCUCUCUCACCUGCACACCUCCCUCUCCUUGUUACCCUCUCUCACCUGCACACCUCCCUCUCCUUGUUACCCUCUCUCACCUGCACGCCUCCCUCUCCUUGUUACCCUCUCUCACCUGCACACCUCCCUCUCCUUGUUACCCUCUCUCACCUGCACACCUCCCUCUCCUUGUUACCCUCUCUCACCUGCACACCUCCCUCUCCUUGUUACCCUCUCUCACCUGCACACCUCCCUCUCCUUGUUACCCUCUCUCACCUGCACGCCUCCCUCUCCUUGUUACCCUCUCUCACCUGCACACCUUCCUCUCCUUGUUACCCUCUCUCACCUGCACACCUCCCUCUCCUUGUUACCCUCUCUCACCUGCACGCCUCCCUCUCCUUGUUACCCUCUCUCACCUGCACGCCUCCCUCUCCUUGUUACCCUCUCUCACCUGCACGCCUCCCUCUCCUUGUUACCCUCUCUCACCUGCACACCUCCCUCUCCUUGUUACCUUCUCUCACCUGCACGCCUCCCUCUCCUUGUUACCCUCUCUCACCUGCACGCCUCCCUCUCCUUGUUACCCUCUCUCACCUGCACACCUCCCUCUCCUUGUUACCCUCUCUCACCUGCACACCUCCCUCUCCUUGUUACCCUCUCUCACCUGCACACCUCCCUCUCCUUGUUACCCUCUCUCACCUGCACACCUCCCUCUCCUUGUUACCCUUUCUCACCUGCACGCCUCCCUCUCCUUGUUACCCUCUCUCACCUGCACACCUUCCUCUCCUUGUUACCCUCUCUCACCUGCACACCUCCCUCUCCUUGUUACCCUCUCUCACCUGCACGCCUCCCUCUCCUUGUUACCCUCUCUCACCUGCACGCCUCCCUCUCCUUGUUACCCUUUCUCACCUGCACACCUCCCUCUCCUUGUUACCCUCUCUCACCUGCACGCCUCCCUCUCCUUGUUACCCUUUCUCACCUGCACACCUCCCUCUCCUUGUUACCCUCUCUCACCUGCACACCUCCCUCUCCUUGUUACCCUCUCUCACCUGCACGCCUCCCUCUCCUUGUUACCCUCUCUCACCUGCACGCCUCCCUCUCCUUGUUACCCUCUCUCACCUGCACGCCUCCCUCUCCUUGUUACCCUCUCUCACCUGCACGCCUCCCUCUCCUUGUUACCCUCUCUCACCUGCACGCCUCCCUCUCCUUGUUACCCUCUCUCACCUGCACACCUCCCUCUCCUUGUUACCCUCUCUCACCUGCACACCUCCCUCUCCUUGUUACCCUCUCUCACCUGCACGCCUCCCUCUCCUUGUUACCCUCUCUCACCUGCACGCCUCCCUCUCCUUGUUACCCUCUCUCACCUACACGCCUCCCUCUCCUUGUUACCCUCUCUCACCUGCACACCUCCCUCUCCUUGUUACCCCUCUCUCACCUGCACACCUCCCUCUCCUUGUUACCCUCUCUCACCUGCACGCCUCCCUCUCCUUGUUACCCUCUCUCACCUGCACACCUCCCUCUCCUUGUUACCCUCUCUCACCUGCACACCUCCCUCUCCUUGUUACCCUCUCUCACCUGCACGUCUCCCUCUCCUUGUUACCCUCUCUCACCUGCACACCUCCCUCUCCUUGUUACCCUCUCUCACCUGCACGCCUCCCUCUCCUUCUUACCCUCUCUCACCUGCACACCUCCCUCUCCUUGUUACCCUCUCUCACCUGCACGCCUCCCUCUCCUUGUUACCCUCUCUCACCUGCACACCUCCCUCUCCUUGUUACCCUCUCUCACCUGCACACCUCCCUCUCCUUGUUACCCUCUCUCACCUGCACGUCUCCCUCUCCUUGUUACCCUCUCUCACCUGCACACCUCCCUCUCCUUGUUACCCUCUCUCACCUGCACACCUCCCUCUCCUUCUUACCCUCUCUCACCUGCACACCUCCCUCUCCUUGUUACCCUCUCUCACCUGCACACCUCCCUCUCCUUGUUACCCUCUCUCACCUGCACGCCUCCCUCUCCUUGUUACCCUCUCUCACCUGCACGCCUCCCUCUCCUUGUUACCCUCUCUCACCUGCACGCCUCCCUCUCCUUGUUACCCUCUCUCACCUGCACGCCUCCCUCUCCUUGUUACCCUCUCUCACCUGCACACCUCCCUCUCCUUGUUACCCUCUCUCACCUGCACGUCUCCCUCUCCUUGUUACCCUCUCUCACCUGCACGCCUCCCUCUCCUUGUUACCCUCUCUCACCUGCACACCUCCCUCUCCUUGUUACCCUCUCUCACCUGCACGUCUCCCUCUCCUUCUUACCCUCUCUCACCUGCACACCUCCCUCUCCUUGUUACCCUCUCUCACCUGCACACCUCCCUCUCCUUGUUACCCUCUCUCACCUGCACGCCUCCCUCUCCUUGUUACCCUCUCUCACCUGCACGCCUCCCUCUCCUUGUUACCCUCUCUCACCUGCACGCCUCCCUCUCCUUGUUACCCUCUCUCACCUGCACGCCUCCCUCUCCUUGUUACCCUCUCUCACCUGCACGCCUCCCUCUCCUUGUUACCCUCUCUCACCUGCACACCUCCCUCUCCUUGUUACCCUCUCUCACCUGCACGUCUCCCUCUCCUUGUUACCCUCUCUCACCUGCACACCUCCCUCUCCUUGUUACCCUCUCUCACCUGCACACCUCCCUCUCCUUGUUACCCUCUCUCACCUGCACGCCUCCCUCUCACGUCAUUUAUUAUUCAGUCCCUGAGCUACGGCUUUACCUCCACCGCCAUCGACGAAAACAAGUGCAGCAGAACGUGUUAGCGAUGGCGGGUGUGUGUUGGUUCCAGUCCCCAGAACACGUCCGCCGCUCGUUGACCGUUGAGCCGGCGGUGAUGGCGGCGGCGGCGGCGGCGGACGGGAAGGCGGCCUCCGGGACUUGUCUGGUCUUUAAGAGUCUUUGGAGAGCCAAUUACUACGCUGCUGCUGCACACAGACUCUGCUACACGCUCAGGGGGGGAGGUGGUGGGGGGAGAUGGAGGGGGGGGAGAUGGAGGGGGGGGGAGGUGGAGGGGGGGAGGGAGGGGGAGGAGAGAGGGAGACAGGGAAGAGGAUGA